GCAAGCUCUAGGGUGCGCGGCGGCGAUGGGCGAAACGACGCAUCCUCCCACAAUGGUACUCGUGGAGCAUCACGCCGGGCACCACCAUCUCCACGAAGCCGCGAGGGCGAGCAGUAGAUUCCUUGUGUCGGCAUCGGCGUGCGUCAAGAUCGCGGUGGUCAGCUUCGGGAUUGGCGUGAUCGUGGGCUUCAAUCUAAACAAGCGCGUCCGGAAAUUCGCGUCGCGGAUGCUCAAGCGCCUCAAGGAGCCCUAAAAAAUUGUCCAUGUGUGAAAGGAGUUCGAAUCUUUAGAGAAUAUGCGGCAUCUUUCUCCCAUUGCGAUCAGGUUUAGGGUUUAUCGUCUAGUAGCGAGGAAAUGGCGACCGCUGCUGCUGCCGCCGCGGGAGGAAUCAGUCUCGUCCUGGGAAAUGCCGGCUGCGGGAGGAGGGAUUCGGCAGUGGCGAUGCAGCGCCGGAUCAUCUCGUCGGCUUUGAGGCUCCAGCGGGGGAAGAUUGUGGCGUCGCCCAGGGCAAGACAUGCGAUUGCGGCUGUUUCGACUGAGGUGCAAGCUGAGGCCGCCGGUGCCGAGCCAGAAGAGGGGCUCAACAUCGCGGAAGAUGUGACGCAGCUUAUCGGAAAGACGCCGAUGGUUUAUUUGAACAGCGUUGUCGAUGGCUGUGUUGCCAACAUCGCUGCGAAGCUGGAAAUCAUGGAGCCGUGCUGCAGCGUCAAAGAUCGGAUCGGAUAUAGCAUGAUCUCUGAUGCUGAGGAGAAGGGGGCCAUAACUCCUGGCAAGAGUGUUCUGGUUGAACCUACGAGUGGUAAUACUGGAAUCGGACUGGCCUUCAUUGCCGCGGCGAAAAACUAUAAGCUGAUCCUAACAAUGCCUGCAUCCAUGAGUCUCGAGAGGCGCAUUCUACUAAAGGCCUUUGGUGCCGAGCUUGUCCUCACCGAUCCCGCGAAAGGCAUGAAAGGAGCAGUACAAAAAGCCGAGGAGAUAUUGAAGAAGACUCCAAAUUCUUACAUGCUCCAGCAAUUUGAAAACCCCGCAAAUCCCAAGGUGCAUUUUGAAACCACUGGACCUGAAAUCUGGGAAGACACACGAGGCAAAGUUGACAUUCUUGUGGCUGGAAUAGGAACUGGCGGUACCGUGACUGGUGCUGGACGCUUCCUCAAAAAGAAAAAUCCGAACAUCAAGAUUUACGGUGUUGAGCCCACAGAGAGUAACGUGCUCUCGGGCGGAAAGCCAGGUCCGCAUAAGAUUCAGGGUAUUGGGGCGGGAUUCAUUCCAAGCAUUCUAGACGUAGAAAUCCUUGACGAAGUCAUUCAGGUUUCAAGUAACGAUUCUGUGGAAAUGGCAAAGCAGCUGGCGUUGAAGGAAGGCCUGCUGGUGGGAAUCUCGUCAGGAGCUGCUGUGUGUGCCGCCAUUCAGGUGGCAAAGCGACCAGAGAAUGCAAACAAGCUGAUCUGUGUGGUUCUUCCUAGCUUCGGCGAGCGCUACUUAUCGUCCGUUCUGUUUCAAUCUAUCAGAGAAGAGUCCGAGAAAAUGCAACCAGAAGCUUGAGGUCUUUGUUGUUCAUUUUUUGUUUCAUCAAGUGAAUAUGAAGGUGCGUUUUGUAGUCU